CGAAUAGGCUAACAGAUUGCGUUAACCAUGAACCUUCAACAAAGUUUCUACUUCUACUUGGAUGUUUGGUCUGAGAAAUUGAAAGUAAGCUUGAGAGACUCCAUCAUAUAUAUAUAAGAAAACCUCACAAACCAACAACAACACGUAACAUUUAUUUGACUAUUGAGGAGGCUUUAACUAAAGAAGAAGAAGAAAAAAGAAAUGGAAAGAGAAGGCAGUAACAUACAGCAAUGGAAUUGGAGAUAUAAAACAAGGGUUUUGAUUGAAGCCAAGAAAGAAAAAAAGGGUCUUUGAAUUUAUACAAGUAAUUGAAGUGAAAGUUUGUCUUUUUGUGACUUUUGUCAGUGAGGAGAUAGUGUUGUUAGUAAGUAGGCCAUGUAUCCCUCCAUGUCUCGCUUUAAAUGAGAAACGGCUUCUUCAUCUCCCACACUUCUCAAGAUAAAACCCAUAAGCCUACAAUACCUCCUUUUUUUUUUUUAAUAAUAUUCAUCUCUGUCCUUUGUUUGUAUCUUUUAGGCUGCAAUUUUUUUUUUUUUUGAGAUUUUAAUUUGGGCUAUUACUAGCUUUGGUGGGGAUUUCUUUAAUUUUGUUGAUGAAAAUGGGGACUGAAGAGAAACCUGUGGCAGAGGAACAUGAUGUUGGAGCUGCUGCAAGCCAAGGAAGGGUUGCUGUUCCUGUUCAAGAGGCUGAAGAUUCAACGGGAAUAACUGAGGAAACAACUCAUGGUGAUCAUUGGAAGCGAAGCAAUCUCUUUCUAGAGAUACCCUCAAGAACUUUGGAGGACUCCCCUCAAGAGUCUGUUGUAAUAAAGAUGCCCCCAACAGCUAGUCUGACUCCCAGGAAAGUGAAUUUUCUCUUGACACCUAGUCCAUCUGAUGCAAGAAUUAGUGGAUCCCCUGGUCCCUCAUCUAGCGGCAUAUCAUCCUUCAAAAGUCUCUUACCAAAACUAAGCUUCAAGCAUAGAAGUAUUAAUUCGGAUAUUGAAAAGCCUGCAAACUUUGCUCCAGAAUCUUCUUCUACUUCACUAAGAGAGAAGCCCUCCAUCUCAAGGACAUUGUCACUUACAAAGAUAUUUACUCCUCGGAUAAAAAGGACAUCAUCAUUUCCUGUGACUCAUGUGGCAAAUUCAAAGCCUGAAUCUGCAAGCGGUGGAAGCCUAGGUGGCUCUGUAAAUUCUAGGAGAAAGGGAAGCAUGCGGCAGAUAUCUCGCUCACUUUCAGGUCCUGUAAACAACAAAGAAGGAAACUUAAGGAGGAUGGAUUCAUUUUUCCGAGUGGUUUCCUCAACUCCACGAGUAAAGGAAAGAGAAAUAAGUUCGAAUGCAUCUGUGAGACCUGAUGCUGAAAACAGUGACCUUGAUGGCGCGGACAUUCCAGCAGAAGAGGCUGUUUGUAGAAUUUGUCUGGUUGAACUAUGUGAAGGCGGUGAAACACUUAAGAUGGAAUGCAGCUGCAAAGGUGAACUUGCUUUGGCCCACAAAGACUGUGCCAUAAAAUGGUUUACCAUCAAAGGCAACAAGACCUGUGAUGUGUGCAAGCAAGAGGUUCAGAACCUACCUGUCACUCUUUUACGAAUCCAAAGCACUGCUCAAAAUGCUGGAACAAGUAGAGCUCUUCAGGCUGAUGUUAAUGGAUAUGGGGUUUGCCAGGAGCUCCCUGUUCUCGUUAUUGUCAGCGUGCUUGCAUAUUUUUGUUUUCUUGAGCAGCUUCUGGUUGAAAAAAUGGGUGCCGGUGCAAUUGCUAUGUCUAUUCCAUUCUCUUGUGUGCAAGGCCUCCUUGCAUCCAUGACUUCAUCAACAAUGGUGAAGCAAAGAUUAGUCUGGGUUUACGCAUCAAUUCAAUUUGCUUUGGUGGUUUUCUUUGCUCAUAUAUUUUACUCGUUGGUUAAAGUUCAGGUAGUUGCAUCGGUUCUCCUGGGAACAUUUGCUGGAUUUGGUGUUGCAAUGAGUGGGAGUUCUAUCAUUGUCGAGAUCCUGAGAUGGAGAAGACGAUGGCAAGCUCGGUCCAUGCAGCAGCAUAGUUCCCAAGUGAUGGCUCGACCACCAGUCCAAUCCCCUAGAGCUGUUAAUUCACCUCGGCGAGGUCCUAAUCUAAACCAGCAAAAUGCAGAAACUUUUGGUGGGAGCUGAAUUGCUUUCAUACUUUGGGACCCCAUCAUGCAGUUUCUCACACUACAUUAUGUAACUUAUCUGAAGAUGAAGGAUCGUUACUUCUGUAAUAUGAAUCCAAAGGCUCUCAUACUUUUCUCCAUCAUUAAGGCCAAUUGGAAAAGAUUGGUUCAAAAACCAUAGACCAAUUACCCCUAUGGAUUUAUGUUAAGUCUUUGAGGUUGAUCUCCUAGAGAGACUACCAUGAAUUAGGUUGUAGUGUGCUUUCAAAAGGGUAUAUUAGGAAUACAAUUGUUCAAUUUCGCAUUGUUUUAAUGGAGUUUCUUCUUUUCCAAGGUUAUGAAAUGCACUAUUAAGUGUAUUUUACAUCAACAAAACAGUGAAGAAUGCAAGAAAUAUUGGGUUAAU